AUGGCCGCGAAGUCGGAUGGAGCGGCGGCCGCGGCCGGCCCGGGGCCGGAGGGGGCGGCCGGAGGAGCCCGGGAUGGUUCAGGCGAGAGCGGGGAGGCGGCGGCGGCGGUGGUCGGGGGUCCCGGAGUGAACGGGGCGGGGGGCUCGAGGCCGCGCUACGAGCUGCGGGACUGCUGCUGGGUGCUGUGCGCGCUGCUCGUGUUCUUCUCCGACGGCGCCACGGACCUGUGGCUGGCGGCCUCCUACUACCUGCAGGGUCAGCACACCUACUUUGGCCUCACAUUGCUAUUCGUGCUCCUGCCCUCGCUGGUCGUGCAGCUGCUCAGCUUCCGCUGGUUCGUCUACGAUUACUCGGAGCCCGCUGGAGCCCCGGGACCCGCCGUCAGCACCAAGGACAGCGGCACCGGUGGGCCCUCCAUCAGCACCAAGGACAGCGCCACCGCCUUCCGGACCAAAGGCGGCAGCCCCCAGCUGGGUCCCGGGCCCGCGCCCUCCUCGGCCAGCGCCUACCGCCGCCGCUGCUGCCGCCUCUGCGUCUGGCUGCUGCAGACCCUCGUCCACCUCCUGCAGCUCGGCCAGGUCUGGAGGUACCUGCGCGCCAUGUACCUGGGGCUGCAGAGCCGCUGGCGCGGGGAGCGACUGCGGCGCCACUUCUAUUGGCGGAUGCUGUUCGAGAGCGCCGACGUGAGCAUGCUGCGCCUGCUGGAGACGUUUCUGCGCAGCGCGCCGCAGCUCGUGCUGCAGCUCAGCCUCCUGGUGCACCGCGGCGGCGAGCCGGACCUGCUGCCCGCCCUGUCCACUUCCGCCUCCCUUGUGUCCCUGGCCUGGACGCUGGCCUCCUACCAGAAGGUGCUGCGGGACUCACGGGACGACAAGCGGCCGCUGUCCUACAAGGGCGCCGUGGCCCAGGUGCUGUGGCACCUGUUCACCAUCGCGGCGCGCAGUCUGGCCUUCGCGCUCUUUGCCAGCGUCUACAAGCUCUACUUCGGCAUCUUCAUUGUGGCCCACUGGUGCGUCAUGACUUUCUGGGUCAUCCAGGGCGAGACAGACUUCUGCAUGUCCAAGUGGGAAGAGAUCAUCUACAACAUGGUGGUGGGCAUCAUCUACAUCUUCUGCUGGUUCAAUGUCAAAGAGGGCCGCAGCCGCCGCCGCAUGACCCUCUACUACUGCAUCAUCCUUCUGGAGAACGCAGCGCUCACUGGCUUCUGGUACUCCAGCCGCAACUUCUCCACUGACUUCCACUCGCUCAUCCUGGUCUGUGUAGUGGCCUCCAGCUUCGCGCUGGGCAUAUUCUUCAUGUGUGUCUAUUACUGCCUCCUGCACCCCAACGGGCCCAUGCUGGGCCCCCAGACACCUGGCUGCAUCUGCCCUGAGGCUCCAGGACCCUGCGGCCCGCCAGCUGACGCUGUCACAAGCCCCCCAAGGUCCCUGCCGAGGACUACAGGCACUGAGCGGGAUGGGGCCUCAGUGGGGGGUGAACGUGCAGGGACCCCCACGCCGCCGGUCUUCCAGGUGCGGCCUGGCCUGCCUCCCACCCCGGUGACCCGCACCUUGCGGACAGAGGGGCCUGUCAUUCGGAUUGACCUGCCUCGUAAGAAGUACCCUGCAUGGGAUGCUCAUUUUAUUGACCGCCGGCUCCGGAAGACCAUUCUGGCGCUGGAGUACUCGUCUCCUGCCACGCCCCGGCUGCAGUACCGGAGCGUGGGGACCUCCCAGGAGCUGCUGGAGUAUGAGACCACGGUGUAGGCCACAGUCUGCCCCACAGAGAGGGACAGGCUGGGCCGACCCCACAUCGACCACAGUGUUGAGCCUAGAAUUUCAGGGCCACAAAGCUAAAGGGGUGUGGAUCUGUUGGUCCAAGUGUAGAGUGGCCCACCAUGGGUUCUCGCGGGGGAGGAGGCAGCCUUGUGGAGGCCCCAGCCCUAAGCCUGUUUGCAGCCCUGUGGCCCAUUUCCUAAACUCCCCUGAACCGGGACCCAGGGAUUCAACUGGUGCUACACUCCUCAUUAGCUCCCCCACUUCCACGGAGCCCUCCAUGCCACGUCGGGUGCCAGGGGCAUCGCACCCUCUCCCUUGCCUGGAGUCACCCACAUGUCGCUCCUGGUGGACCUGCCAGAGAAGGGGCACCGUCUGGCGUCCACGACCUAGGCCCUGUGCUCCUCUGAGGCUGUUGGGGGUGGGCGACUUCUCUGGAGAGAGGAGAUCUCUGAGAGGGACGGAGGAGGCCCUGGAAGUUUUGAGGGGAGGUGGGGACGUCUGGUGGACAAGGCUGGGACCGCUCCGUGGGGUCUGAGGUCCGGAGCCUGGACAAGAGGGGGAUUAAAGGAGGGUGUUGCGGUGAGGGCUGAGACAGGAAGAAGAAAUCCUGAGACAACUGAGGGGGUCCAAGCCAGCAGCAGGAUGAAGGGAGAGCAGGUCACGGGGAGGAGACCCCUCAAUGCACAGCGUAGAGAAUGUUUCCAAAGUGGGCUGUUAUGCGCAAGGUUCCAGACACCUCAGGUGAAAUGUUUCAAGGAGCCAUUCUUUGAUCUAGAUGAGUAUCUAGAACAUUUCUUCUAGAUAAAGGUCUUAAAUACAACAGAAACUCUGUCUGGUGAGGUCCUAGCACACUUAGCAGAGAGACAUUCUUAAUUCGGGAUUACGUUUUCAAGCACUUAGCUGAUAAAGUGUCCUAAGGGGUCACUCUGGUCUGGAUUCUGUGACGAGGGUGAAGGCACUGGAGCCCUGCUGCUCUGGGGGGAUUCUAGCUCCUGUCAAGGUGGGGGGGGAGGGGACUCUAGAACCCCAUGUGGGUGGAAUAUUCGAGGAAGAGGUACUCCAGUUCUAGAUUUCUGGAAUCUAUAGGAGUUCUGUGCCCCCCCCCAUCCCCCUUGGUCCAUAGCCAUCUUCCCCAGAGGAAUCUGCCCUCACAACCCUUAAGACAUUUCAACUGCCAACUGGUUUCCAGCUGGAAAAAAUUCGCCUGGGGACAUGGCAUAAAUCUUGGCCCUCAGUCACCCUGCAGAUGCAGCUCCUUGGGAUGUCAGUUUUCCAGCUGACUUGUUCUGCCUCAGAUCUGACAAAUCUCUAGGACCCGUAGUUCAUUCUUGAACAUCCUUGAGUACCCAUGUGACCACUUGCCCAUGGCCCCUCCUCUCUAGCUGGGACAGCCCGUCCUGGAUAGGGUGAAGGAGUACGGGCCAGAGAAGUAGGCAGUUCUGUGGGGUGAGGGGACAGAGCCUCUGAGCAGAGCUUGGAACCCCCCCUACCAUGUCCCCAUUCCCCCCUGCUGGCAAAGGUGCAUUUACUGCAGGAGCCCAGCAGGUGAUAUUAAGGACAGAUGCAGACCUGGGCAGGGGUGAGGAGGUGCAUGAGAAUCUUAGACUAUGCAAAGUAGAGAGGCACAUCAACCUCCCUGGGGUUAUACAUGAGAAACUGAGGCCCAGAGCGGCAGCUAGCCCUACAGGUCCCAGACUCCUGCUGUCCCAUCAAAUAGUGACGAGUGGAGAUGAAUGUGCUGAGGACAUAAGGAGAGGACCACAUUCAGCGUGCAGGGUGACCCCAAAGGCAGAAAGAGCAGGACUGCCCACAUACACAUAUACACAAGCACACGCCACACCUGAGAGGCCAGUCACCUCGCCCCCCACCCCCCACCCUGACACACAGACUGCAUAGACAUCCACAUGGGCCCAGAUGGUGAGUGUGUCCCUCCCGUCAACACACAAAGAAUGCUUUUCCUAGUUUCUUCUACUUCCCCAAUCCCUGAGAAGCCUCUGGAACCAGGCUUGCAGGGGAUGGGGGGAGGAUGUCCAGGACUGACCCACUGGGGGAGGCGGACACAGCUCCAGCCAACUACUUCGCCAGGGCUGAGUGUCUGUUUCACUUCAACUCACCCCUUUUUGCAACAGCUCUCCAAGGGAGCUGUGAUCAACCCAUCUUACAAAGGAGUAAACUGAGGCUCAGAGCAGCAACACGAGGGGCAGCCUUGGUGGGCUGUUUUACUCCCCGGUGUCCUAGAAUGGCCCAUCUGGCUGCCCCAUUAUCCAGUAUCCUAGAAGGAAAAGUUGAGCACGCCCUCCCCAGGAGCUGGAAGUCACAGCUCCAGAAGGCACCAGAGAACCAGGGAUGAGGAAUGAGCUGGCAGUGCUAAGAGGCGGCAUAAGGCUCUCAGGAAAACCAGGGCCACAGUUUGGGACCUUGCCCCCUCCCCACCCCUACAUCUCUCCCUCACGAAACCUGCCUUCAGAGCUUCUGGGAGGGUAACCAAGCACUGGAAAUGGCCAGCGUCAGAGGGCCCUCGGAGCCGCCUUCCCCUGCUUCUCCCCCUCAGGAAAGAGCUUAGCCUCUUAAGGACCACCCCCUCUACACCCAGGAGCUCAGGACCCCAUCCCUUUCUGUCCUGAGAUCAUGCUCUCCACUGGCCUGUCCCCUACUUCAACUGGUCCCCAUGAGUCCUCUUGUUUUAGUGGGAUAGAGGAGUCAGAGUGGCAAAGGGACAUCAUCCUGUUCAUUGUUGUUUUGGUUUGUUUUGUUUUUCUGUGACACAAUCUACCUCAGCCAGUCCCUCUCUUCCUUACCAGAACUGGACCCCCCUGGGUCCCUGCUCCCCAAUCUCUGUCCUCCACCCCAGCCUGGCUGCUUAGUCCUUCCCAGAAUCCCUACGGGGUCCUUGCAGUGAGAGAAUAUUUUGGAACCACAGCCCAGAGGGACCUUGGGGUCCCCUAAGCUACCUGCCCUCCACAUUUAUUAUAGAAGAGAGAUGGAGGCCCAGAGAGGGCCAGGGACUUGCCCAAGAUCACACAGAAAGUCACUGGCAGAGUUAGGCCUUUCCUGGAGCUGAGAGGUCAUUGGGUCCCUCUUAAUUUUGCCAGGAAGAGAAUGGGACACUGAGUACCAAAUUCGUCCUCAGUAUCUCUACCCCCAGGAGACCACGUCGCCAUUUCCAGGAUAGACUUCUGUCUCCUAGUUUUCUUGAACUGCUCCCCCGCUUGUUGACUGUGCUCCCCAAACCUCUCCAGGCACAACACACCCCUUGUCAUCCUGCCAUGCACUGACGUACCACGUGCCUUGUAACUGUCACCCCGGUUAGACAGCACAGACCUCCACCCCUCCCCAGCAGGGGGUUCCCCAAAGGAAGGCUUUCUUGGUCCCCUUCUCUCAUUGGUCCCAUCCUGUGUCUCCCCCAGAUCUGCCUUACUCCCUGCCAGCUCCCUGUGGCACUAAGUCCCACAGAGGUGUGUCACCAGAAGAGUUGGGGGAAGCGAAGGCCAGGGAGGGCAAAGCCUGGUGAGGGUCAAGGGUGCUGGAAGUAUCUAGGGAAGACCUUCCCUGGCUGCACCAAUGCCCUCUGAAGGGCUAAAGCCCCACAGGUCCUUCCCUUGAGUGCACCUGGGGGCUUGGAGUUCACAGACACCUCAGGCAGUGGGGAGGUCUUCCCGGACAAGGGUGUUUGGGCUGCAAGUUCAAAUGCCUUCAGGUAAUGAAGAAAAGGAGAGAAGGGCAAGUGCUGUACUAGAGGGAGUGGUGGGGACUCUGGAAAACACGGGGGGUACAUGCCCUGCCUCUAGGACCUAGAACUCACAUGUUUGAAAAACCCUGUGCUGGCCAAACUAAUCUCAGACCUGGCCCAUGGGCUGCCUGUUGGAAAUCCCUGGUUCAGAAUGUUGAGAAUGUUUGGGAAAACCAUUCGGCAUCUAGGAAACCCCUCUGGGGAAGUCGAGGACAGAAGCCCAGGCUCCCUCUGAGACUUUUCUAAACCCCCCACCAACUAGCCACCUGAGAAGUGUCUCCCCUCUCCCCUCAACUGAAAAGUGGAAAGGGGAGGGAGAUCUGGGUGUUCACAGGGUCCCUGCCUGGGGAACCAUCCUCUGAUAGGGGCUACAGGCCUCUCCAUAUCUGAAAGGGACAAUUUGGAGGCUGGGGUCUUCUCCAGUGUCGGGGACCCUGGUUAGGAGGAACUUGCACUGGGUGAAGAGAGAGUCCAGGGAGUGGACAAGGACUGAAAGCCAGACCCAACUGCCCCCCUCUAGUGCUGGCCCCUGCCACCCUCUGGCACCUACGUGGGCAGCAGUAGGCAAGGGGGCUGAGUCCCCUCUCUCCAACCAGAGGGCCUUCUAAGACGGGCCUGGAGACAAAGGGACUAUAACAUGUCUUUCUGGUUGGGGACAGGCUGGGACAUUCCUGGGUCCUUGGCUGCUGCAGGUGGAGGCAAGGGGAGGAAGAGCAGGCAAUUCUGGAAGUGGAAAAGGAAGGCCCCUUCUAGGGAUGGCCUGGUUCCUGGAGGCAGAAAACUCCCCAGUGGGAAGAGGGCUGGUCCUCCAACGACUGGCCUUACCCGCCUUCCCUUAUCACAGCGAGGCCGGAUCCGCCCUCUCCCCAGCAAUCCUGGCCUGUUUUCUAUGCACAAUCAUUCUAAGGGCACCCUCAGGCCAGGCUGAAGGGGUGGGGGCCCCUGGGCACCUGCAAUAAUCCCAGAGUGUAGGGUAGCCUGAGACAAAGGU